AUGUCCAAAUGGCUUAAGGAGGUAAAAUUGAGAAAGAGAGAGUUUGCUGGAAGGCCAAGGAGAAAAACAAAGGAGAGUGAAGUAUUGAAGUGGAGUUCAAUAAUUGACCAAGAAAUUCAUCAAUUUGAAGACUUAAGGGCCAAGUGCAAAGGCGAAUCGAGCAUCGGAACACUGAGAGCAGCAGGAUGCCCAACCCUAACCGUAAUGAACCCGAGAAAGAAUGUCAAGUUUGUGGAGUCAACCAUGACACGCCUCACGAACGAGGCCUUAGUUUUCAGAACUAUUGUUUUGACCCUUUUGUCUUCUUUUGAUGGUCAUGUUUGACCUUAUCUGUAUAUAAGCUAUGGUUUUGUAUAAUUAUGGUAUUACAUAGAU